AAGACCUCUUUGGAAAUUUCUUGAUGUUCAAGACUUUCCUCUUCCUCCCUCCUUCUUUAUCCCUUCCUUCGUGUCUCAGGAGGCCCGUUGUCAACCCCGGACCAGCGGUAUCAGUCCUACUACUUUCUUGGUGUGUGUGUGUUCCGUAAAACAGAGAAGAGAGCCUCGACAUCAUCGCGACCCAGCAUCGGCCCCGUCUCUUUAUUUGACUUUCCGACGACCCUCUUGCUCUCGCUCUUCGCCCCAGCAGCCUACCUCCUGCAACAACACAGGUCGCCCGACCCAUCUCAUCGUUGUGUGUUGCGUGCGAAUCCUAGGGACACAUCAUUUGCUUCUCAGCUUAACGCCACCUCAGCCGGUAUUAAUUAUCCGGUCACUUGAUUGAUUCAAAACUACUUUUUUCUUCUUGGAUUUCUACACCUAUUUUAGGGGUUUCUGUCUCGCUUGCCAGGCUGUGCCAAUCUCGUCUCGAUAGACAAGUCCUAAUCUCUCGACACGGCCAAUUCCUCCUCCUCGGUUUGCACCAGAGAGGAAAGGACGACAACGACGACAAUAUAGUGAGGAUUAGAGCAGCAGCAUUCAGUUGUCUGUUGUGUUCUGUUCCUGCGGGUCUCCCACGGGAAUCAGCAGCCUCUUUCUCUGUCAUCACCUGCACCUGAGCGCUCGGUGGCUUCAAGACUCGGAGAGUGGUCUCCACACAUUCUCCGAUCCCAACCCCCUAUCUUUUUCCUUCCCGCGCUAUUGACCGUGCCUUGACGGUGUCGGCCAGUGCACGCCCAUUCCGCUAAUUCGCUAGACGCAAUUACGGCUGGGCCUUUGCUGUGCGCUGUUUCUGCAAUUUAUUCCUGCUCAACCCCCUCUUUUCCCCCCCAUCCGGGCUGGACUCGACUAUCGCAUCGCAUCGCCAAUCACCAUCAUCCCUCCUCAUCGUCCAAGAUCUUCCUCUCUCCGUCCGCCUGGCUGCGACAGACCCAUUUGACGCUCUUGACGAUCGUCAAAAUUCCAUUGCAGCAUCUGCAACCCACCCAACAAGCUUGCAUACGACGAUCCUCGCGUCGCUACUUCCUUUUAUUUGUUUACUCUUCGAGUGCUUCAACUGGCGAACACUCUAACGCUUUUGGUGCCGUCUCGACCUCGACUGUCAAUUGCGCUGCACCCUUCCAUUCCUGAUCCAAAACAACGCCCUUCAUCGUUGGCUUGCGAUCAGCGGAUUAAUCCCAUACUUGUCGCGGACGGGACACUGGAGUGACCGAGCAGGAAGCUCCCUCUCUCCCCUUUUCUUCAGCAGUGUCUGCCCACUAUUAUGUAUCAACAACCAGGCGGCGCCAUGGCUGCACCACAAAAACCAGAGACCUUCAUGCUGAGCACAGAGGCUCAGCAGGCGCUACCACAUGAUGCACAGGUUGCUCUGCAACAAGUCGAUAAUUUGAAAUACUUCCUCAUCUCUGCUCCUGUCGAUUGGCAGCCAGACCAGUACAUCCGCAGAUUCCUUCUGCCUACUGGCGAAUAUGUCUCUUGUGUUCUGUGGAACAACCUCUUCCACGUCUCGGGAACCGACAUCGUACGAUGCCUGUCUUUCCGCUUUCAGGCCUUUGGCCGCCCCGUCAAGAACUCCAAGAAGUUCGAGGAGGGAAUCUUCUCAGACCUGCGGAAUCUCAAGUCGGGCACUGAUGCCUCGCUGGAGGAGCCCAAGAGCCCCUUCCUGGACUUCCUGUACAAGAACAACUGCAUUCGUACCCAGAAGAAGCAGAAGGUCUUCUACUGGUACAGCGUGCCACACGACCGGCUGUUCCUCGACGCGCUGGAGAGGGAUCUGAAGAGGGAGAAGAUGGGUCAGGAGGCUACCACCGUCGCCGUUAGCGAGCCUGCCCUGUCAUUCCAAUACGACUCGUCGCAGUCGCUGUAUGAGCAGCUCACCAAGGCCCAGCAGGCCAACUCCUCGUCCUUCUCCGCCCAGCAGUCGUUCCCGGCCUCGCAGUCCACUUCGCCCGUCAUGCGGGCUGUCGACUCGAUGCCGCCGCCUCAGAUGAUCCCUCAGACGAUGGCCCCUUUAACAGACGGGAUGGACUCCAUGGUUCCUUAUGGCGCCAUGGCCAUGGGCCCUCAGAUGUCCCAGAACAUGGUCAAGCGGGAGCCUGACUAUAACCGGGUCCAGUACAACCAGAACGGCGUGCCAAUACAGCAGGGCCACCAGAGACACGCCUCCAUGCCUGCCUACGGCCUCGAGUACUCGCCUGCGCCGUCCUUUGUCUCCUCGCAGUACGAGGAUUACAGCAACCGGGGCAUCUCGUUUGAACCCAUCACCCCGCCACAGCAGGCCCUGGGCAUCGCCGCCGAGCCUGCCUACAUCGCCAACGAGGAGACCGGCCUGUACACUGCCAUUCCCGAUCACAUGAACGGUGUCAACGGCCUGAACGGCAUGAUCCAGCUGCCCCCCUCCAACCUUGCUGGACCUCAAUUCUCCCGUGCAUACGGAGCCAACAACGUCUACUCUGUGAUCGAAGGCUCGCCGACGUACAAGCAGAGGAGACGGCGCUCAUCCAUUCCCCCUGGAAUGUCGGCUAUCGCAGCUGCCGCUGCCACCCAGGCUCCCCACAGGCCAUCCGAUCUCCGACGGUCCGUGUCCGCUUCUGUCGGCCCUGUGGCUGAAGGCGACGAGUCGCUUGGCAACUCCCCACCAGGAUUGACCUACAGCAACUCCGGCAUGCCCAUGCCGGGCCAGCAGCAGCAGCAGAUGCAUGAGCUGUCGCGCCACGGCACUCCCCUCUCCACUGUCGAGGGCAGCCCCGCCCUGAACCCCAUGUCGCUGCAGCAGGACUACGCUCAGAUGCCCCACGAGGACAUGAUCAACCCCCACAUGGAAGAGAGAAGGAUGAUCCAGGGACCCAACGGCGUGAUGCGCCGAGCUCGCUCAGCCACUGUCAUGGAGCUUGGUCCUUACCCUCAAAAAUCUCACUCCUGCCCCAUCCCGACGUGCGGCCGCCUCUUCAAGCGUCUCGAGCAUCUCAAGCGACACGUGAGAACACAUACACAAGAAAGACCCUACAUCUGCCCUUAUUGUAGCAAGGCAUUCUCCAGAUCAGACAACCUAGCACAGCACAAGCGGACCCAUGAUCGCGGCGAUGGAGUCGAUGGACUGAACCUGUCCGGAGAGGACGAGGAGGAUUUCUCCGGCGAGGACCAUGUCGGCUCUCUGGGAGACUCCUCGCCCAACUCCGAGGGCGGUUAUGUCACGGCCUCGCUGAACGCGGUUGCGCACCACAGCACGCCCCCGACGUCAACCGGUAGCAUGGGCUCCGGCAACUCCAUGAACUCCCAGUCCAACUUUAACAGCCUGCAGACGCUGAGCCUGCCCAUGACCAUCAGCACACCUCAAAACAUGAACACCGCCGUCAUGAUGUAAUAACGGUUCGCGAGAAAGCGCUCCUUUGCGAGAAAAAUUUCACGGCAUUGUACAUUUAUUUUGGGUAUCUGAUUAUUGUUCUUCACGAUUUCAUGUGAGGGGGAAACGGGAUUUUUGGGUGCUACUUGGUUCAUUCCCAAACUGGACGGAUGACAGGCUUUCCUACACAAAUACGGAUGCCUGGGGGCGUUUUCUUUUUCUUCUUUUUUCUUCUCUUCACGCGGAGUUCAUUACCGCUCAUUCGGUUCAUAUCCCUCAUGAUCGUCUGGUGUUUUAGUUAUUCUUUUUUUCUUUCCUUUUCCUGUUUAUUUCUGGCGAGAAGACCGAUCGAUGGUGGACAUUGCCAAGGCAUCUUGUGGUCCUUGGAGAGAGCGCGAAAAAGCACAUUAGAUGGGAAACGCAAACCCGAUCGAAGAAACGCCGAACCCUUAGGCGGGAAGUCUGGCUGCAACGACUUUGCAUAUGAGACGGGUUGCGUUGCUGUAUAUAUCCUGCUGUUUUUGUCAAGGAUGGAGAGAUAAAAGGCGGGCACAAACUCUGUUGUGAGGAAGAAGAUACCUGUUGAACUUUCAUCAAAUCUCUCUUGGCUCGUGAAAAGCAGUAGGUGUGGGACUCGAAUUGUGAUGAGAGAAGGAGUCGAGGGCAGCGUUGUAGAUGCGCCCGUGUAUUUCAAACCAACACAACAGCCUACACUUUUCUUUACAGAGAGAGUGUAGCAACUGUUGACACUAAGAACAACAUCAAAUUCAUACUACCUUUCAGUAA